UGCCAGCAUGCAGUCCAAGUGCAGGUGUAUCUUCUGUGGAUGUGGUACCGGACAUUUCGUUCAUUCAAGGAUGAUACGAUCUUCAGUCAUAGGAUUUAUCAUUAUGGCUGAGCUUGUAACCAUAGUCACAGGCCAGAUAGUCGGCCAGUCACAGUGCCAGACGUGGUUCUUGCAAGGCGCUACGACCUGCAUGCAUGAUGCCUCCCUCGCUCUCCCCAACGUGCAGUACCUGGCCUCCAACGGCACAAACGGCCAGCCUCCUCAGGAAAACCUCCAAACAUACAGAACAAGAGUGUGUGCAAUCAAGAACCAGCUGGAUGUGUGUGGACAGACCGUGACUCAGCGGAUUGUCAACGCCACGGCCUGUGCCGCCAUGACGGAACGCCAGGUGGUCCUGUCGCAGUUCCAGAACAUUUUCGGAGGCCUGGAUCUCAGUUGUGCCCAUCCUUGUCGGUACACGCUGAUGGACGAACUGAGGCAGUGUUACUCAUUUGCCCACAUCCAGCCGAGCAUGAUGUCCGACAUGGCGCUGGUACGUGUCACCCUCCUCGGUCAGAACUACGACCAGGUGUCCAAAUUCUGCAUGACCCGCCAGUCCCUCCUUCAGUGUUUACGACAAAAGAUUCUCCUGUGUCCCGACUCGCCCCGCGUCCUCGCACAAAAUAGCCUCGACCUCACAAGCUUUGAGCGGGGCCUCGACUUCAUGUGUGGGAAUAUCGGAGUGUACUUGACUGGAAUGGGCUGUUUCCAAAACCCUAUACCGGAAGUAAGGAUGUGCUUCCAGACUAUGGAUCGUAAAAUGCAGAGUCUGCGCCUCGUGUCGCCUCAACCGACUGCUGAUCAAAUCUCUCUUGCCCAGUUCUGUAGCAUUCGACUGGAGCAGAUCGAGUGUGAGAUGGGAGCGUGGGCGCGCCACCAGUACCAGACGUGCUCGCGGGUGGUGACCGGCCUGAGGAACGAGCUCGAGUGCCAGCUACUCCCAGACCACUGCAUGUCCACCUACCCGCACCUUGCACCCGACCUCUGCAACCCACUCAACUAUUUCGCUCAGGAAAGGGUGCGUCUCAACGUCGCCACCACAGGCCACAGUGCUUCCAUCUUUUUCACCGUUCUUCUUCUUGGAGCAUCAUGCUUGAAUCGUUACUAAAAAUACAGUAGCUUCUAUUUUCACUUACUUUUCAUCCUUAAAAGUAUUUAUUUAUUAGGAAAGACGGUACUACUUGAUAGUCAUGGUCUCUAACACCUCACUACUCUAUGAGC